AUGCUAUCCUGGGUCUAUCCACUACGAAUCAUCCAGGUCAUUCUGUCCCUAGCAACAAUCGGCCUGAGCGCAUAUGUCAUCGCCUCCCUCUACGAUGAAUGGUCCUUCUCAAACGUCGUCUACUAUAUGCUCUUCAACGGCUGCUGGACAACAGCAAUCGCGGUCCCCUACCUAGGUCUCGCGCCACUCGCCUUCCCCCGUAUCUCACACGAGAUCGUCAUUCCCCUCGUUGAAAUCUUGACCGGCGGUCUCUGGCUCAGUGGCUGGAUUGCGUUGGCUGCUAUGAUCCCCUCACCCGGUGUGUGCAAGUGGGCUAGCUGCCAUGCCCUGCAGGCUUUGAUUGUGGUUGCUGCUGUGCAAUGGGCUACAUUCGCUGUUACGAAUACCUUCGCUAUCCUUGACCUCGUGAACUCGCGCCGUAAUGCGAAGGACCAUCAUGAGGGAGCGACUCCGGCGCCGGAGACUUCGACUGUUAAUGGUGAUUCGGCUGUUUAA